AUGAAUACUGUAAAAACCACUAAAUAUAUAAUCAUAUUUAAUCUUCAAUACUAUACAUCUAAACAAGCUAUUUACAAUGGCUCGCGAAACAAUGACAAAGGCGAAUACAAAGCUGAUGGGCCAUUGAACAAUAAAGUAAAAAGUAAGAUAAACUAUGACCAUCACAAGGGCGUUUACGGAAGUUUAGCCAUGUUGAAAACAGUAGCUGAUAUAAUUUGCUUUGCAUCGAUUGAAUAUUUCAAAGCCUUUAAAGUUUACUUUUUACAUGCUGGAGCCUACUAUUUUGAAAAGGAAUGUCGUUAUACCUUUGGAGUAUCCGCUUCACAGAAAGAAGGCUAUUAUGAGUAUGGAGAGAAGCAAAGCUAG